AUGUUCGAAUUCAAGCUCCGCAUCAAAAACGACCAAAACGGGCACUUCGCUGCCCGAAAUGGACGUCGGCAUCGCUCGGCGCCAAACCGCCUGCCAAAUCCGCUCGAGCUUGGGCCACUUCUCAUGAAAAGACCUCCCACUUCCCAAAUCGUCGAAAAGACCGUCGAUUUCAGGCGAUAUCUGGUCACCAACAAAAAUGAUGAGAGGAGUAACGAUGUGACGGGACGAGAAAUAAUGUACAAUAAAUCCAUGCAUACGGUAUAUGAGACGAGAAAAAGGAAGAGUCGGGUAAUAAUACGACAAGGGAAAGUACUAGCUAGCAACUACUUCAAAAUGUGGAUCGUAAAUUUAGAGACUGAGACUGGAACCCAAGAAAAAGUCAUAGGCUUCGAGGACAGUGAGAGAAACCGAAGGAUGCAAUAA